AUGAGCAUCGGACGAGAUAUCCUUUGUCAAAAACUUCAAGUCUUGCUGGACCGCCGUCGCGCGGAGGGAAGAUUGUAUGAGCCAGCCUCGCCAGACGAGUUUGAAGGGACAGUGGACUUUGGAUCAAAUGAUACAUUGUCCCUCUCAGCAUCUGGACUCUUGACCGAGGCUUUUCUUCACCAGCUUGAAAGACAUCCCCAUUUCACUAUUGGAACCAACUCCUCGCGAUGCUUCGAGGGCACAAAGCAAUUCAUACUGGAUAUUGAACGUGAUUUGUCUCAAUUUCACAAUGCCGAGGACGCUCUUUUCUUCGGAUCCGGGUAUGAUGCUAAUACCGCCAUCUGGUCCGCGAUUCCGCAGCCCGGGGACUUCAUUGUCUUCGACGAGCUAGUGCAUUCUAGCAUUCGUGAGGGCAUGCGGCUGGGACGAGCUAAGAGCAUUUCAUUCCGUCACAACGACAGCCUUUCUCUGCGACAACGCCUAGAAGAGCUCCGGGACCAGAAUUCCGAAGUGGCAGAAGGUAAACGACUUGUGUUUGUUCCAAUCGAGUCAAUCUAUAGCAUGGAUGGAGAUGUGGCUCCUCUUCACGAGAUUGUAAAGGUUGCCUAUGACACUCUGCCUCGAGGGAACUAUAUCCUUUCAAUCGACGAAGCACAUUCUAACGGCAUCAUUGGGCCACAUGGCUCAGGAGUCGUCUCUUUGUAUGGACUUGAGAAUGAAUUCUCGAUCAGGUUACAUACCUGUGGAAAAGCGCUGGCGUCAUCGGGAGCGGUGGUAUUGUGCAAUUCGACAAUUAAAGAGGCGCUGAUCAACUAUGGGCGGAACAUCAUAUUCACCACUGCGCCAUCUUUCACAACCGUGGCAGCUGUUCGCGCAGCCUAUGAGAUACUGGCCACCCAGGAAGGACACAGGCGCCAGCAACGUCUGCAAAAGAACAUAUGGUACUUCUAUUGGACCUUGACAAAACACCCUCAGUGGGAGGAUAUCAAAGAGCGAAACAUCCUUACCCUGCCCACUGAGAAAACAUGGUAUACCAGGCCAUUCAAGUCACCGAUAGUUCCAAUAAUCACGAAGCCUAAGCAAUCUAACAACUUGUGCAAGAGGCUGCGGCGGGCAGGAUAUUGGGUAAAUUCCGUUGAUCACCCUACUGUGCCCAAGGGAACGGGUCGAGUACGGUUGAUGAUCCACGCGGACAAUACCCGAGAGGAGAUGGAUGGGGUAAUCCAGUUAAUCAUGAACUGGGCUACUGAGCAAUAUCAGCCAGUGGAGUCAGUUCAAAUCAUGGCGAAAAUGUGA